AUGCCCGGCGGCGGCGGCGGCGGCGGCGGGGGCGUGUGCGAGCAGGGGCAGGAGCCGAUAAAGUGGGACCUGGAGGAGAUGGAGCGGCACCUGGCAGAGCCCAACUUCAACGGCGAGCCCGCCAAGGUGGCGAUCUUCUACUCGUGGUUCGACAGCUGCUUCUACCCUCUCGUGCGCUCCCAUCUGGAACACCGUGACAAGCUGCUUCUGCCCGCCCUUACCGAGAGAAUCAAAGAGCGGCCCCCGAACGAGGUAUCAGCGCCGCUGUUCCAGGCCAUAGAGCUGAUGGACGAGGUGAAGCACAUGCGUGCUGACUUUGACCACGCGCAGAUGGACGACCGCCCCAACGUCGCUGAGGUGUUGCGGCAGAAGCUGACUCAGCUGUCGCGCAUCUUCCACCGGCAAUUCGAUGCUGAAAUGGACUUCUACCCUUCGAGGGUGCGGCAUGCGUUCAUGCCCACGGAGGCAGAGAGCAUUCUGGUGGAGGCGGAAAGCCACGUGGGAUUCUUCCUCGCUUCCACUCGCCUUCCCUGGAUCUUCCAUGGUCUCGAGAGGUGGGCAAGUCCGGGCAAGCCUGAGAAGUUUUUGGAGCAGCUACCGUGGGUGCACAGGUUGCUGCUGGAGUACUGGUGGGAGCCGGUGUACCUGCGCUGCAACUGGCUGCUGCUGCAAUCACUAGCUGACCCCGUGGAGGAGGAUAAGCUGUGA